UCUAUUGAAAUAGCAAUCACAUUUUUCCUAACAUUUAUGGCAGUAUACUAUCAAAAUUUACUUAAUCCAACUCUUCACAGAAAACUAGAUUGCCUUGGUCAUAUCCAAAAUAUAAAAAUUAAAACUCUUUCCAAGAAACCAGAUCUCCUUGAUCAUGUGCAAAAUUUCUUUCCUAAUACAUAUCCUAAAUUACAACAGCCUAAUUAUUUUAUGUGAAACAUGCCAUCUUUCCCCAACCCCACUACCACAUGCUACCUAAGUCAACAAUAUUAAUAUAUAUACUCUUCAACAAAAAAUAAUAGGUUUCUAUUAAUUCCAUCAAUCUUUCAAGAAGAAGAUACAGAGAAGAAAUGGAAGGGGAGAUCCACAAUUUCAUUGUUGUAUGGGUUAUUGUCUUAGCAAGUUUAUGUUACUCUCACACCAUAGCCAAAUUCCUUCCAAAAGGCAAAUCAAGAUUUGUGGCUAUAAUUCCAAUAGUUUGUCUAUUUUUCAUUCUACCUCUUUAUCUGACUUCCAUUAAUCUUGGUGGCAAUACUUCAUUCUUCAUUGCAUGGUUAGCCAAUUUCAAGCUUCUUCUUUUUGCAUUUGGUAAAGGCCCUUUGUCAUCAACACCACCCCUCUCACUUUCAACAUUCAUUCCCUUGGCUUGUUUGCCUAUAAAGUUUCAACAAUAUUCAACUAGUCAUGUUGAAACCACCAAAAAGACCACAAAUUCAACUUUGAAUAUUGUUACCAAGAUUUCUCUUUUAGCCAUGUUGAUAAGGGUGUAUAGCUAUAAAGACUAUUUGCAUCCAAGAAUCAUUCUCUUCUUCUAUUGCCUACACAUCUACUUCAUGCUAGAGAUCAUAUUGACUAUGGUUAGCGCCACGGUUCGAGGGGUGAGUCGAGUCGAGCUCGAGCCACCCUUCGACGAGCCUUACCUGGCUACCUCGCUCCAGGAUUUCUGGGGCAGGAGGUGGAACCUCAUGGUAACUAAUAUACUUCGUCCGACCGUUUAUGAUCCUGUCCGUUCGAUGGUGGCAAACAGGAUCUCGAGGAAGUGGGCUCCACUUCCUGCCGUGCUCGCCACGUUUUCCGUCUCGGGGCUAAUGCAUGAGCUGAUUUUCUACUACAUUGGAAGAUUGAAACCUAGUGGUGAAGUCAUGAUGUUCUUUCUCAUUCAUGGGGUGGCUUUGAGUCUUGAAAUUGUCAUCAAGAAAGUUUUCAAUGGCAAGUUUUUGGUUCCUAGGAUUAUUUCAGGUCCAUUAGCACUAGCUUUUAUAAUUUUCACUAGCUUUUGGCUGUUUUUUCCUCCAUUUUUGAGGGGUAACACAGAGCUUAAAGCAUGUACUGAAUCUCUUGCUUUCUUAGAAUUUAUUAAGUAUGGUAAAUUAAUUAGUCCAAUCAAUAUCACAUGUCCACUCCUGUAAGAUUUAUUCAUAGUGAACUCCUUGUCUAGCUAAAUUUCACAUGUAUGAUUGUUCUUCUCCUUAACAUUAAGGUUGUAAGAGUUGUGAUAGACUUAAUUUGAAUGCCAUGUGAGAUUUCAUAGUAUUUUUCUGGUACAUUGGAAAGGCCUAAAAAGGUAAUUAACUUACGGUCUUU